AUGGCCGCGAAGUCCGACGGUCGGGGGGUCGUCACCGGCUUCGCCCAGCUGCACAACCUGGACGAGGUGGGCGCGGGCGGCGGGUGCGGCGAGGACGACCCGCGCGCGGGCAGCUCCUUCCACAUCUGCCACUGCUGCAACACGUCGUCGUGCUACUGGGGCUGCCGGAGCGCGUGCCUGCACUACCUGCUUGGCAGGCAGCGGGGGGGCGGCGGAGGAGGCGGCGCACGCCAGCGGCGGCCCCCCGACGGCGAGGAGCGCCUCUGGCUCGACUGUCUAUGGAUCGUGCUCGCGCUGCUCGUCUUCUUCUGGGACGUGGGCACGGACGUGUGGCUGGCCGCCGACUACUACGCCAAGCGGGACUACCUCUGGGGCGGCCUCACGCUCUUCUUCGUGCUUGUGCCCUCGGUGCUCGUGCAGAUCCUCAGCUUCAGGUGGUUCGUGCAGGACUACACGGGGGGCGGCCUGGGCUCCGUGGAAGGGCUCAGCAGCGGCCGCAGGGCCGCGGCGGGCUUGAGCGCGAGGGGCAGGUGCUGCCGCAUCUCCGUGUGGGUCUGGCAGACGAUCAUCCACAUCCUCCAGAUGGGACAAGUGUGGAGGUAUAUCCGGACCAUGUACCUUGGCAUACAGAGUCGCAGGCAAAAGGAGAACCAGCGGCGUUUCUACUGGGCUAUGAUGUACGAGUAUGCUGACGUGAACAUGCUUCGGCUGCUUGAGACCUUUCUUGAGAGUGCCCCACAGCUGGUGCUCCAGCUCUGCAUCAUGAUCCAGAAAAACCGUGCCGAGACGCUGCAGUGCAUGUCAGCAGUCGCCUCCCUCUUCUCUCUCUCUUGGGUGCUGGCUUCCUACCACAAGCUUCUGCGCGACUCUCGCGAUGACCAAAAGAGCAUGAGUUACCGAGGAGCUCUGGUGCAUCUCCUGUGGCGCCUUUUCACCAUUUCCUCCCGGGCGCUCUCCUUCGCCCUCUUUGCCUCAGUUUUCCACCUCUACUUUGGCAUUUUCGUGGUGCUGCACUGGUGUGCCAUGGCCUUCUGGGUGAUCCACGGUGGCACCGACUUCUGCAUGUCCAAGUGGGAGGAGGUGCUCUUCAACAUGGUGGUCGGCGUGGUCUACGUCUUCUGCUGGUUCAAUGUCAAGGAAGGCAGGACCCGAUACCGAAUGGUGGCCUAUUACUCACUGGUGCUGGUGGAGAACAUGGUCCUGACUGCCCUGUGGUAUGCCUACAGAGACCCGACCACCACCGACUCCUAUGCCGCCUCCAUCCUCUGUGGCAUCUUCCUGUGCUUCGCUUUAGGAGUGGCCUGCAUGAUCAUCUAUUAUGGGGUCUUGCACCCUAUGGGGCCCAGGCUGAGGGUCUUGGCUAGUUCCUGUUGCGCUGAGCUCCUCUGGGGCCUCCCCUUGCCUCCAGAGGCCGAGCCUAUGGCCCCUACUCCAGGGCCUCGGGGCUCUCAGGCCACUCCUACACGGGGCAUGGCUUCAGGGGACUACGGAGAGCCAGAGGAGACUGCCACGGACACCUGCCUGCCUGUAUUCCAAGUGAGGUCCACAGAGCCCACUGAUGAAGCAGGCAGACCCAUUCGGCCUGAGGGCCCCCUCAUAAAGAUUGACAUGCCCAGGAAGCGCUACCCAGCCUGGGACGCGCACUUUGUGGACCGACGCCUCCGGCGGACCAUAAAUAUCCUCCAGUACAUCAGCCCCAAUGCAGUGGGCAUCAGGUACAGGGAUGGGCCUCUCCUCUACGAGCUGCUCCAGUACGAGUCCUCCCUAUAAAGGCAGUCUUUGCUGCCAUCCUUUCUCUCUCUCUCUCUCUCUCUCUCUCUCUCUCUCUCUCUCUCACUAUCACUCUCUCUCUCUCUCUCUCUCUCUCUCUCUCUCCUCUCAUUCACUCUUUGCUUCACUUCUCUCCAUUUGGUGCUUACUUUUCCUCUGUUUGAUUCAGUUAUUCUGUCAAGCUAUUACAGUAUAUCAAAGGUCUAAAAAGAGUCUAAACAGAGAAUCAACAUUUAUUUUCACAAAUACAGAGAACAAAAAAAACCUAUUCCAGAAAAGGUAUAAAGUCUGAAAUUCAGCGUUUCUUAAGCUGGGCCCUUGUUAUGGUGUGAGUGUUCUACUGAUGUGUACGAUUGAUGGCGUCCGUGUCCCUGUCAGCUCUGAGAUGUGCAAAGCCGCAUGGGAAUGAUGGAGGACCAUAGUACUCAUUGUCUUCUUUUGGAUUUCUGGUAACUAUUUUGUGCCUAAGAUGAUUAUGAGUGAUUGUGAAGACUAUAAAUAUGGUUUGAUGCCAAUAACCAACAAAUAAUCAACACCAACCAAACAAUCCUGAAAAGCACAUUUGUUUGCAAAAUAAAAGCACACAGUCAGCCAGCAGCACAUUUUCCACCUCUCUUCUUCCUUUGAGUGGACAAGAGGGCAAAAGUUUCUAAAUAUAUCUUUACUGACCCUUGUUGAAGUCUCAAUGAAAAUUUGAUAACUUUCAUAUAAAUAAGACUGUGUGCUGCUUUAUGGAUAUAUGUUAGAUGUUUACAUGUUAAUGGAUUUAAUUUACAUUUGCAAUUAAAUCUAAAAAAGUACACAAUCCCCAUAUUACAAGUAAUCACAUUAUGCCAAUUGUUGUGUAGGUAUGGGCAAAUAACACUGCCAGAGGCAUUUUACUGAAUAAGAAGGCCUUAAGGUAUCCGUAUUAAAUGCCUUUAUAUUUUUCAUUUUUUACCCAUUAGUGAAGUGAGGUCUAUUGGUCUGAGUUGUAUGUGUGAAUGCAGAGCAUGAGUGUUUACAUUUGGCCCAUUUUACACAUAUUUUUUGUAUUCUUUGUAAAUGAUAGCACAAUUGAUGAGAUAUUUUGCAUAUAUGGCUAAAGGCUUAUGAAGUGUAUGUAUUUUUAUUUAAACAAAUUCUGUGAAUGAGAAGUUCCCAAAGAUUGGAAGGAGCAGGGUUUUAUCAAAACAAUAGCUGGAGAUGAAAAAAUAAUAAUAAUAAUUCUAUUAAAUCACAUUGGUUUUGGUAUUAUAUCACAGCUUACAACAGAAAGCAAAAUCCUUGCAAAAUGUGGUGCUAGCAUUAAUCUCUAAGAAUCCUCCAUCAUUCCCUACUGAAGUGAAGGUUCCAGAUGAAAUUGGCCUCUAUACCCAUUUUACUGUAGUUAAAAAUAGACUUUGAGUGGAAAAAAAUUUGUAAAUGACAAACUAUUCUUACUAUUGUUUUUUCAUUAGAAGGCAUAUUCCUUUAUAUGUUGGUGUGCGUUGUAAUAAUCACAAAAGAAAAGGUUACUUUACCUUAAAUCACUUAAUUUUUACUCUAAAGAAUGCAUGCCAAGGCUGUGCACUUUGAUGAGUAAUUGGGUUCUCGAUAUGUGCCAGUCAACGUGUGAGUGUUUCAAUGGUGCUUCUCUUUUGCAAAAUAAUUGGAACAAAGCCCUGCCGCAUUAUUGUCAAUUUCCUGUACAUAGAGCACUUCGCCUCCUUUGAGAAAAGCGUGAAACUGAAAGUGAAUGUGGUAUUCUCUGUCAUUUUUGGGGGCUUGUGAUAAGUUUGCCACAGGGGCUGAUGUCAGUGCACAUAUUUUAUUCUCAGUUGCACAACAGAAAACCUUUUUUUGUUUGUUUUCUGAUUUUUCUGACAAUGUGCUAUAUAUAACCUUUAAAAUUUUGUUUGUAAUAUAAUUUGUCUCAGCAGCGUAAUAACAUGAAUAUGGGAUGCCAAGGUUCACCACAAAAAUGGAGACAUGGGCUACUACAGACCCCUUUGUGCCUGCUGUGAUCUCAGACUGGUUGUAAUGGAAGGGGUGAUGGGUUUUUGCCAGGGAUGGAAAAGAAUGACUGGACAAACAAUGAUGUAUACAUAUGUGUGCGUGUUCAUGCACAUAUUUCUGUUACACUGAUAGGUGGAUCUGGUGUCCAGUAGUUUGGCUCCAUCCUUGGUUGCUGCUUUGGCCCUUACACCCCUGAUAUGUAAACGUGAUUGGGAAAACUCUGAUGCAAAGGUUAUAUCAUAAGACAGCAGCCUGGGUUCAUAAACUGGCCUAAGGGAUUGAAGGUCAAAUGGGACAGGAAACCAUUUGCAAUGUUUCAUAAUUUCCAGUAGUUAACAAUGCAAAUAAAUCUCCCAAACUCUCUUGUUUAGAAACUUGAGUUUCCAGUUUGAAAUUAGCGUUGAGAUCCAAGGCCAUACCGUUGUGUCAUGCUAAAAUCUUUCAUGCUAGUUUCUGGACAGCUUCAAGACAUCAGCUUGGUCUGGUAUUUCUAUAUAGCUUCAGUCACGGCUCUUAAUCAGUAGUUUCUGGGAAGGUAGUCCACCAGGUUUAUGCUACAGCUUACACUCUUAAAAAUAAAGGUUCCCAAAUUGUUCUUGGCUUGGGUUUAUGUUUGUAAGUAAAACCUUUGAAUGACUGUUUGCAAAAUUAUGAUUGACAUGCCUCUCAGCUAAUCACAAUUAUCUCUAAACAUUCCUUUCUCCAUCAUCAUCAGAACAGUCCUGCAGUAAGAAUGGCACUAGUAAUCAAUUAGUCUGAAUUAUUAGACUAAGAAACAGUGGCAAGGUGUUACUGAAGAACGUAUAAUGCCUGAAACAACACUGUUCCGAUCAUCUGGAGGGUGGUGGUGUUUUUAUUUCCUUCCUGAAGCUGAAAGUUAGACCAAAAAGACCAAAUACUCAGUGGCAAAAUCAUCAACUAGCAGAUUUAUACAGCUCUAAAGUAAGCUAAACUAGCUAAACUAAGCUAAUGCAUUACUGUUUUUAUUGAAAAUAAGUUGAAUUAGAUGUCUAAAGAUAAAUACCACAACAGCCAAGUGUAAAGACCAGUUCGCUAACUUGUUAGCCUUUUUUAACUUAGCUGCUCACAGUUAGCUUGAUAAAACAGUUAAAGUAAGCAGGACUUUACAGGUCCCACAUUUGAUCAAAAGCAUUGUAUAGAAAGAUAAAUAUUAAUGAACUUGUACACAUGACAUGCCAUCUAUGUACUGUUUAAUUAAGUUUUCAGAAAGAAGGUGGGUAAAAGAUGGUGGGUCUUUCUCAGCAUCUAAUAUUUCUCCCACCAGAUCUAGUAUUAGCUUAUCUGUAGGUGUAGCUUCUGUUGCUAACCUCUCCUCCUUAUCAAAUUGCAUUUUUUUUUUGUUAGCUUUAAAUUGGCCUACAUGCAUAUCUGUCAGUUUUUUUAACAUGUCUGUCUGCAAUAAGCAUCUUGUAAAGCCAGUUUUUGAAUGUAAAACAUUUCAAAUGUGCUUUUCUGUGUGCUUCUCAAUUUUCUGUUAGCACAUUAGCAAGUACUACAGAUGCUACCCGAUAGCCUGAACUGAAAGUUUGAUGGCUGUAUAGACAAUAACUAAAGGAGGUGGGGUCUUUCUCAGAAUUUUGCAAAUGGUCAAGUGAUCUAGAAAAUUUACAUUUUGUAGAGGUUCUUUAAAUGUUAGAAGUGUUCUUUACAAUCACAUAACACAAAAGCAUUAUUCAAACCCGUCCAUUCAAAGAUAGAUUCUUCUCCAGCAUUGCUAAAAAAAACUUUUUGCUUCCAUUUGUCACUUUAAUUUUUAAGAAUGUAAGUCCUGUAGCUUUAGCAUAACUCAUGUGAUCUACCUGCCCUAGCCUGUCCCUAAGCCUUUAUGGUUCCUGUUGAACCCACAGGUCUACUAGCUCUUCUAGGUGCUUGGCACAUCGUUGCACUGUUGUUUGCUGGGAUUUCACCAACUCUCCUAUUCUAUGAUUCAUGAUGGUGUGAAUGAUUAAAUGGGUGCGAUGGUUGGAUGACUUGGCUGCCUGGCAUCCCAUAGUGUGUUCACACUUCACAUACUCAGUCUCAGUUACUAUAGUAUUAACACUCUUCGAGGAGAGAGAUAAACAUUUAACCAGGUGCAAAUACACUGUGAUUCUUUCUUCCCCUAUUCCACUUGUUCACUGCUGUAUCUGAAAGGAUUUAAACAGGGCGAUUUGCAAGAGGACUCAGUCGGCACAUGGAAAUUCUGAAUAAGUUCCUUUAGAUUACUGCCUUACAGGACAAUGAAUCACAGACUAAUGGCUGUAUAAUCAAUAGACACUCAUGUCCUUCACCACAACAUUACAUACACCAAGUAGGGUGGGCAACAUGAACCCUGUAAUGUCAGACCUUUUGUGGUGCCUUGUUUCUCUGGGUGCUUCUAUCUAGCCAUGGCAGCCAGUACAGCAAACAACAAUGCCAGUGUCUUUUUUCUCCUUUCAUGUUACACACAGUACUGUAACCAAAAGGAUCAAGUUCGACCUAAACCCACACAGCGAAUGGGCUCAAUGUAAUGACAUUCCUGUCUUUAGAUGAAGAGGAUUCAUCUUUGCAAAACUAAAUUACCAGAGUGUUCUAAAUGCAAAGGCAAUACUUAAUAUCUACUUGAAUGUUGGGUUAUACAUUUUCCUAGUUAGAACACAGCCUGUGUAUGCUUCUACUCCUUUAGGUGAAAUUGGAUUUAACAAGGAAUCAGAAUGUCCAUCAUCUUACAGGGUUCACUUGAGUAAUAGAACGACACUUAUGAUGAAGUUCAGCCAUUUAUUUGACAAUUGUUAAUGUAUUUCUGUCUAUGCCUUCCUCUGUCUUGCAAGAUGAAUGAUCUGUAGUGCCAACAAGUUAACCUUUUCUGUGUGUUGUUUGUCUUGUGAACAAAAUGUCUAGCCAAAUGGAUUUAUGCCUGCAAAAAAAAAAAAAGUACGUAGGAAAAAAAUGAGUAGGAGAAAUGUUGUAUGUAGACAAGGUGCUCACUGGGUCAAAUAUUUAACCUGUAUUUAAGAUGGUACUGGAAGCAUUGGCUUUAUAAGGGCCUGUAGUGCCAGACUGCCCCGACAUCACCCGGCUUCCUAGCAUGCCCACAGAAUGCAUCAAUGGUGACGCCUCCGAUAUGUUUGCAUGUUAGCUUUCUUCAGUGCAAUGUUUCCACCCAUUCCCUGGGUUCCUUGAGAGCAUUGCCAAGUAGCAGCUCAUUGCACCGGGUUCAGUUUCAACCUGUACAUUUGUGCCACAACCAUCAGUAUUACAAUAGAGCCAAAAGUUCUUUAGAUAAAAAAAAAAACCGAAAGAAAUCAAAUGGUGCAUUUCUGUUUCUU